UCUUACCCGAUCACUGGGGCUACUUGGGAAGGCAAGGCGAGGAGGAAGGCAAGAAGGGGAGGCUGCCAUGAGCCGGGGGUAUCGGGGAGGGCCCCCGCAACACCAGCAGAAUGUACCCUCUGGCCUUCUGCAGGAUCAUGAGAACCAGCGGCUCUUUGGCCUCCUGGGCAGAAAGUGCUUGACUCUGGCAACCUCAGUGGCCCAGCUAUACCUGGCACUACCCAGCACCGGCGGGCACUGGCAGAAGGAACUGAGUGGAGCCAUUUGCUUUGUGAAAGACAACCCUCGACGUUCUUAUUUCAUCCGACUCUAUGGCCUCCAGGAAGGACGCCUCCUCUGGGAGCAGGAAAUCUAUACUCAGUUUGUCUACUCUGCUCCCACUCCAUUCUUCCAUACCUUUCCUGGUGAUGACUGUCAAGCUGGCCUGAACUUUGCUGAUGAGGCUGAGGCCCAAGCCUUCAAAGCUUUGGUGGAGGAGAAGAUCCAGAAACGAAGCCAGAAACAGAAUGCUGGAUCUCUCAGCACAGAAAGAAGAGGGGGCACUGUACCUCUUCCUCCCCAACCCAGUGGAGACCCCAGUGUCCCAGCCAGUACUCUGGGCUCCCCAUCUCUGGGCCUGGUCGCUGUAGACAUACAGAACCCAGAUAUUACAUCCUCAAGGUACCGGGGGCUCCCUGCACCAACUCCUCCUCCCCCAGACAAGAAGCGCUCAGGGAAAAAGAAGAUCAGCAAGGCCGACAUUGGGGCCCCCAGCGGGUUCAAGCACGUCAGCCAUGUUGGAUGGGACCCUCACAGCGGAUUUGAUGUGAAUAACUUGGACCCUGACCUGCGGAGCCUCUUCUCCAGAGCUGGGAUUAGCGAGGCCCAGUUGACUGAUGCAGAGACCUCUAAGCUCAUUUACGACUUCAUUGAGGACCAAGGUGGGCUAGAGGCCGUCAGAGAAGAGAUGAGGCGGCAAGGCCAUGUUCCACCCCCUCCACCCCCAUCUCGUGCUGGGCCCUCUCAGCGGGCCCCUGGCUCCUCUGUGGUUGGGAGCCGGGGGGGCCGGUCAGGUCCCCUCCCGCCAGUGCCCUCUGGGACUAGCGGGGUCCCUAGUGGACCUCCACCAGCUCCACGGGGGCCCCCACCUCCUCCUGGCCGGGGGGGUCCCCCACCUCCCCCACCACCUGCCUCCCACUUGGGGCUUCCAGCACCCCCACAGCUGUUGCCACCAACCUCUGGGUCAGGGCCACCCCCACCUCCACCACCACCACCACCUGCACCAUCUCCACCAUCUCCACCAUCUGCACCAUCCGCACCAUCUGCAUCUAUAUCUGGGGGGAGUGUGGCCCCUAGAGGCCGGGGGGCCCUGCUUGAAGAGAUCCGACAAGGCAUUCAGCUCAACAAGACACCUGGGGCGCAGGAGUUCCCAGCUCCUCCUCCCCCAAGCUCUGAGGGGCUGGUGGGGGCCCUCAUGCAUGUCAUGCAAAAGCGGAGCAAAGUUAUCCACUCUUCAGAUGAAGGGGAGGACCAGGGGGGUGAGGAGGAUGAGGAUGAUGAAUGGGAAGAUUGAGGAACCCCUGGCCUACUGAAGAGCGCCCUCUCCCAGCUGCCUGCCCCAAGCUCUCAAAUAGACCUCCUCACUUCUCGCAGUCCUGCUCCUGUCCCCCAGUGUGAUAAUGUUGGAAGAGGUCAGAGAAAUCAAAUAAAAUUUCCCCUCAUUGCGCUCUGCUGGAGAUAAACUUG